AUGUAUCUGAAGAACGUGUGUGCUAGCUUCCAGCUACAUUCUGAUUUGUAUAAAAAAGAGCUAUAUCUGUUAUCUCUUCAAGCCCUGUGUGCAUGUGAUAUCAGUUUAAAAAUCACAGGAGACUGCUCGACACUGAUACACAUGCUGGAACAAAACUUGGACCUACUGAAAGAUAAUUUUCCAGUGGAGCAGACCUUAGUUGGGCUCAGUCUGCUUUUACUACAAGCUCCUGCAAGUCAGCAACGACAGAUGAUGACUCUAGCUCUUAGAAUGUUGGACACACUAAAGGAAAAGAAAAUGUCACCUAUGGCCCGAUUGCUAGUAAUGCCAAUAUUGCUGGUGGUGUCAUCUUCAGGCCUGACAGACUGCUUCAGUGUGAAGGAGGGAGGAUCUUCUUUGCAGCAACUGGCUCUAACAAUCUUAGAGAAAAUACAAGAUGUAGACAACAGGGAAAUGGAGACAGAGAAAUUGGCUGUAGAGAUGCUGUCUUUUCCUAUAUCAAGUUGGCACUGUACAAUGUCUGUUACUUUGACCAUGGUAAAGAAAUUUAUAGAAGAUAGUAGUGCUUCCUAUGACUGGUUGUCCUCUGUGUCCUCGAUACUGCCAUUCACUACAUGUGUCCCUUCACAUAUAUCACUGCUGCUGGGGUAUCUACUUAUUCAUGAGUCAGGAAAGAGUUUUAAAAAAGCACUAAAAGUCACCAGUGAAGUUGCCAAUGCUGAUUCUUCUCAGGUUCCUUACUUGGUGCCGGUUUUGAUGUUUAGACUUGGACGCCCAUUGGAGCCUAAGUUACUGCGAGAAAUUUUGUACACUCUUCCUAUGUUGGGGACACACAAGGUAUGUGUGCCUCAGAUCCUUCGAUCCUUGCAGAUGAUUGGCAGCGCAUCGAAGCUUCAACCAGUUGUUUUGCGCCUUAUGACAUCUUUGUGGGAAAAACAGGAUAGAGUCUAUCCGGAGCUCCAGAAGCUAAUUGCUGCUGCUGAUUCCCAGUGUUUAUCAACUGGCAAAGAAACCCAGUGGGAGAAAACUGUUGCGAAAGCAGCAACUAUCCGGGAUAUAUGCAGACAGAGGCCUUACCAACAUGGGGCAGACAUGCUAGCUGCUAUCACUCAAGUUUUGAAUGAAUGCCCAAAUCCUGACCAAGCCACUCCUGUUGCCCUGGUAUUACAGGGUCUUCAAGCUCUGUGCCAAGCUGAGGUAGUGGACAUUCGUUCUACCUGGAAUGCUUUGUCUCCUAAGCUAGCAUGUGAGAAGCGCCCUCAUGUUCUCAAAGUAUUACAUGAGCUCUUUGCCUUGGUUCCCUCCUUAACUGUUAACACAGAAGACUAUGAGAAAUUUAAAGCUGAAGUUAUCAGCAUCCUCUGGAAUCACACUCGGAGUAAGGAUGUUGUUGUGUCUUCUUCAGCAUACAAGUCCCUGUGCCAGUUUAAUGGUGAUGAACAUACUAUUCUUCAUCUGCCUGAGCAGGCUAGGCCAGAGAUAAUCCCACCAGAAGAGUCUGAUUUGGCUGGAGAAGAGGAUGAAAAGGAAGUGGACCUUUCCGUACCUGGCUCCUCAUAUAUAAAACUGAUGGCACUAACUCCAUCUCCUGUAUUGCCAGCAUAUGAAGAGUUCCUCUCAUCUUUGGUGAAGCAAGAAAUGAGUCGUAUGCCACGUGGCAUAUACCAUAAUGCCCUCCGUGGUGGAACAAUACGAUCUGACCAGGGGAAAACCGUUGCAGGAAUUCCAAGCUUCAUGCUGAAGAUGUAUGAGAAGAACAGACAGCCUGGUCUGAAACCUGGACUUGCAGCCGGCAUGCUGCUGUGCUAUGACCUGCCUGUUCUGACGGACAGAGAUGGCAGACCUAUCAAUCGCUUCCUUGCCAGCAGGGGCCGCAGUUACCAGCAGAUGUUAACAGCCCUUAUACAUGAGGUAAAUAUCCAGUCCUCGGAAUGGCAUCGCUCUAUUUUGUUGCCUCAGUCAUGGCUUGGCUUCAUGGGAAGGGCAUUCCAUGCUGUGCUUCAGGGUAGGCAGGCUGAGCUGGAAAUGCAGCUGAAACAUGGAAAGGAUGACCCACAAGAACUCCAGUAUAAAGCACACACGGCAUGGCUAUGGGUGAGAGAUGCGCUGACUGAUGUAAUAAGGUCUUCUAUCAAAGACAGCCCUGUGGUAAAGGGGAAUGCACUCUUAGCUCUCACUGGCUUAGCUGCCACUGUCUCCAAAUAUGAAAACAGUCUUCCUUCAGAAUCCGAAGGUGCCCCAGAGAUUGAACCUGAUAUCCUUCCCACCAAAGCCUGGAUCGGUAUGGUGCUGGACACCCUUCUUAGUAUUGUCAGUAGUCAUUAUUAUCCUAAGGGCAGAGUCUUUCCUUGGUUCCAACAGAAAUCCUAUUCUGGGGAGAACACAGCCAGUGUCAUUGCCCGUUCCUGUGCUGCCACCGCCCUCUCUUUGCUGGUCCCAGUGCUUGUUGUAUCUUUUAAGGAAAAGGUGGGGGAGAUUCUCAGCAUCCUGACUACUAGAUUACCUGGAAGGCCAGAGGCAGAUGAGUCGCAGUCUCUCCAAGUUCACAUGGGGCUGGCACUGGGAAUGUUCAUCUCUCGUUUGUGUGAAGAGAAAGUCAGUGACACCUCUGGUCAACAAAUGAACUUAAUAAUCAUGAAAUCUUUGGAUGCUUUAGAAAGCUGUUGUUUUGAUGCUAGCCUGGAAUUCAACAUUGGUUGCAUCCUUGGAGUGGGUCUUGUUCUUUGCUUCAUGAGUCAAAGCAGUCAGACUGACAGCCGAGUCCAUGUCUCAGCCACUCUCCGUAAGCUGUAUGAAUGUCUGGAGAACAGUGGUGAACAGAGCCGAGCUGUGCAAGAGGUGCUGUCAUACUCUGUUGCCUGUGUCUCAGUGUCAGCCUUCAGUGCUGGAGUUGUUGGUGCAGAUGAAGCUGAGGAACACAUGAAUAAACUGAGAAUACUGACAGAGCAGAACCAGCAGACACCAGGUUUCGCUCUUUCUCUGGGAGCUAUUGUUCAUGGCUUGUCAGUAUGUGGUCAUGGGAAGGCAGAGGACCUGAACAAUCGUUUGCUACCUGCCUGGAUUAAGAUCCUACUUGCAGAAGGUUGCCCUACUAUGCAACGCUUAGCUUCACUUAAUGGACUUGUGGCAUUGGUAGGCUCUGAGUCUGCGCUUAUACAGCUGAAAUCUGAAGCUAUCCAGUCAUCCUUGUUCCAAAGCAAGCUUAAUGAAGUCAUCAAAACAAUUACUCAGAUCAUUACCUUUUCUGGAGUAAUUGGUCUGCAAACAAAUGCUGCCUGGAUUCUGGGCCACCUUCACUUAUCCAGCCUUUCUUUAUCUCAGAGCAGAACAUCUGUACCUCCCGAUUUUAGCUACUUGCCCGAAAGAAGCCUAAUACGAGUUAUUGCAGAUUUCCUCAUUUCAGCUGGCAAAAAAGGCCCUGAACUGAUGCCUACAUCUCUGGUCAAGGUGUGCACAUCUUCUAUUGCUGCCGCAGCUGAUGACUAUCAGUAUCCUCCUGUCAACUGGGCAUCUAUUCUUGCUCCCCUAAUGAGGCUUAAUUUUGGUGAAGAAAUCCAGAAACUAUGUGUGCGGAUAGCAGUGACUCAGGCCCAGUCCUCCCAGAAUGCAGCUGUGCUCCUUGGAAUGUGGCUGGUUCCACCCUUAGCUUACAGUCUUACUGUACAAACUUGCUCCUACCUGAUUACCUCACUAUCUCUGUGGAUGAAGCAUGUCUCUGAAGAUAAGCUACAAACAUUUGCAGAUGUAUUCAUGAUUACACAAUUUGAAGCGCAAAAGAAGACCUACGAUGUAGAGAUGUCCAGGAACAUUCUGCUGGGCCUGAGCCAGGCUAUGAAGCUUCCCAGUCCCUCUCAGGCCUGUUGGAGUUUUCUGUGCAAAACCACAGAGAGGAUCUUCCAGCUGUUACCAGAUGUCAUCCAGAAAACAAACGUGGAUCUGUAUAUUGAAGUUACAAAAUGCAUCUCAGAAAUGGCUGAUAGUGAAAUUGAUCGAAUAACCUGCAUUUCCAAGGAGUACAUUAGGAAAUCCACAUUUGUGCGAUUAAUUCUAAUCUCUCAGGGACGUCUGCCAUUGACAUACUUGGAUGGUAUGAUUAAUGUAACUGCAGAAAGCAGAGACAAGCAGACCAUUACCUGGAUGUUACUGCAGGCUUUCUAUCAAGCACGCCUUACAAGCCACCAGAAUACAGGUGUUCUAAAGAGGAUGGAAUGGCUGAUUGACCUCAUCAGUCACAUAAGAAAUAUAGCCCAUAAGUCAACCCAAGUGCACAAUGUUCCAGUCAGCGAGGCAUUGGACUUUUUUCUGCAAGUUUUUGCAGCAUCUGUGGUGGCUUGGGCUGAUCAUGCAGCUCCUUUGCUACUCGGAGUAUAUGGUAGCUGGAGUCCAUGUAAACAUGAAGCGGCACUUACCCCUGGCUGUUUGGGAAGUCAAUCCCUGGACAUUGUCACUGUACAUGGGUGUUUAACUACCCUCCCAUUGAGUUUACAGUUAUUGUUAGCCAAAGAGCCUUGGAAGGAACACACACAGAAGUUUAUAGACUGGCUAAUGACUAUCCUUGAAAGUCCCGAAGGAGCCUUGUCAGAAUCCUCAAGUACAACAUUGAAAGCUACACUUAUCAACUUAAGGGGCCUUCCAGAGUUUAAAAGGAAAGCAGUGUGGACAAGAGCUUUUGGCUGGUAAUGGAUUCACCUAUCACAGGACUGUCGGGCCAGGAACAAUGCUGUGGCGUUCCAUCAUACAGGUCUAAAUUGCAAGUCUCAUCAGUGGAUCCAAGUCAUAGCAGUACAGAAUGUCGGAUUUUGCACAACAUUUAAACUGUUACACUGACCACAGAGGCAUUUUUUCAUCUCUGGUCAA